UUCAAUACAAAUUAAUAAAACAAAAAUAUUAAGUUUUGUCGAUCAUGCAACCUCAAGAGGAAGUGAAGGCCAUUUUCAAGCUGAUUCUAAUCGGAGACGGGGGAACUGGGAAAACCACAUUGGUCAAGCGACAUCUGACCGGCGAGUUCAAGAUGCAAUACAAUGCGACCUUGGGUGUGGAGGUCGAGCAAUUACUGUUUAACACCAACAGAGGAGUUUUCCGCAUCGAUGUUUGGGACACUGCCGGUCAGGAGAGGUACGGUGGCCUGCGCGAUGGGUACUUCGUCCAAUCACAAUGUGCCAUAAUAAUGUUCGAUGUGGCCUCGUCAAAUACAUAUAAUAAUGUGAAAAGAUGGCACCGCGACUUGGUGAGAGUAUGCGGCAACAUACCGAUUGUCAUUUGUGGCAACAAGGUGGAUAUCAUGCAUAAAAAGACUUGGAAAAAGGGUGUUGACUUUGAUCGCAAGACAAACAUUUACCUCAUUGAAAUGUCCGCAAAGUCGAACUAUAACGUGGAGAAGCCAUUCGUCUAUCUAUUGCGAAAAUUGGUGGGUGAUCCCAGCCUGCAGUUAGUCCAGAGCCCCGCUAUACAGCCCCCAAAAGUUGUUUUUACCGACGAGAUGAGCCGUCAAGUGGAAAGCUUAUUCAAUGAGGCCAAAUCCAAACCUCUGCCCACUAUUUACGAUAUUGAUCUGUAAAGAUCAAUAUCAUGAUCAUGAUUAGUGUUCUUUCAAAAUUUUCAUAUUCUGCAAGUGCAACGAUGAUCUUUGCUUACUUUGUGCCCAUGGAUGAAGACAUUCAGCUGAAGUACUUAAUAAUUUUUAAAUUUCUAAAUUUCUAAAUUCCGAUUGUUUUCGAAGAUUCUAAUUUUUUUUUUGUAAUGGACGUAAAUUUCAAAAAUUCAAUGGUGUAAAAUUGCAGGCUCGGAUUUAUAUUUCUAAAAGACUAAUGUAUCCCACUAUAUCUGUUAUUUAAAUAUAUAGAUAGAUGUAAUAGAUACUACAUUU